UUACCAGCGCCAAGGCGGAGAGCAGCGUUGACGCCUGCGGCCCGGGCUGGUGCGCAUGCUCACACCGUUGCUCACAGACAUGGCGGUCGACUGGCUGGGCUUUGGUUACGCAGCGCUGGUGGCCUCCGGCGGGGUGUUGGGCUACGUUAGAGCCGGGAGCAUGCCUUCCUUAGCAGCUGGCCUGCUGUUUGGGAGUGUAGCAGGGAUCGGUGCUUAUCAGAUCACCCAAAACCCCAAAAACAUAUGGCUGUCUCUGAUUGUUUCAGGCGCACUGACUGGAAUAAUGGGAAUGAGAUUCUACAAUUCAAGAAAAUUCAUGCCUGCUGGUUUAGUUGCUGGAGUAAGGUACCAGGGAGUGCCCAAAGUUGAAUGACUCAGCAGUCAACUUUCCCCUUUUCGGAGAGUUUCUACCUGGCUUGUCUCACAGGGACAUUAGACAUUACCAUCAUUGGGAAGAGGUGCACCAGGGGCAGCCCUGCUUGAAGGUAACUUACCUCUUUGUAGUGUUCCUGACAAUCACUGUCAGCCUGUUUGCCUGUACAGUCGAGGGCUUCUGCAGUUCGGGCCUCACCCAGAGGGUUAGCCUGACUCAUCUUUUUGUUCUUCCGGAGUAUCCACUAAGAAGGCCUCGGCCUCAGGCGUACCGGGAAAUACAGUUUGGGGUUUCCCAUCACGCUUGUACUUCCCCAGGCCGUAACAACUAGUUUUGACUGGAUGAACCACACAGUCCCACGUCUAAGCUCAUUAUCCGGCCCAGUGCGGUCAUGCACUUCCUCGAAACACCAGGUAAAUGGUCAAUGUUUUCAGAAAGCUCUCUCCAACUCUCUCCUUGCAGGUUCCCAUUAGCCUCCUUCCUCACAAUAGGGGUAUUUGUUCCCACAAGAAUUGAAACUCUCUCCUUCGCAAUGGGGUCCAGACAAAUCAGUGCUUGUGUAUCAAGGACCUCAGCCACUCUCACAUCUGCCUCUGAAAAUUCCAGUUUCAACGACAAAUAGCCAUCAUAUGGAUAAUCACCCGCACCUAGACCCCAGAUCUCUAGUGCACUGAGUGACGUCAAUGGUAAAUGUAUCAAAUACUGGUUGUAAAAUGAGUGGUACUGCAAAGUGACCUGCAAGCCUGUGUUAAGUAUGGCUCUAGCAUAAAUACCCUCUAUCUGUAGUGAUAUACUGGAGCUUGGCCCCACUAAGCCUUCAGGAAUAGGGAUUUUUGCUUUAGGGUGUUCCUUGAUUUAUUGAAUGUCGCCCCGAGAUGCCAGGCCGUUCCCUUACUGGGUCUCUUCUAAGUUUCCCGACGUCUCUCUCUACUUAAGUACCCAGGGGUUCACUUUCUGAGAGGUUUCCUGUCAUUCACACUCCCGCCUUAAGUUUCUCUCUUCACCAGUUAUAACAUACGAUACCGACCGCUCCCUUUCUCGCAGGACCCCAGCUUUUAGCAGUCCUCUGCGCAGUCUGUCCCCUUAGGGGGUCCACCUGCUUAUCAGCUCCAUUGUACUGGGGGGGGGCACACCCACUAAUAACAACUGGGAUGUCUCAGUUCUCAACUCUGCCAUGAUCUCCUUUACCACUCCCCAGGGUGGCUAUCCGUGGUCACUUCAGUGCAGGGGGCUACUACUGAGGAUUGUACCCUGCUGAUGGAGCCCCCCCCCCCCCCCCAUGCCUCCGACAUAUUCUCCUCCUCUUGUACUUCCCUGAUCAGCUCAACAAACGAGGGAGGGGGCACAUAUUAUGAGACAGUCUGAGACCCCAGGCAAUCAGGUCCGGGGAAUGGGUGUCUUUUGCUCUUUGGCCCAUUCUUAACUGAUUCACCUCUGCUAUCUGAAUUGCCCCUCUACACCGCAAGCAAUUUAGUGGCCUCUCUAGCUGAAAAAUGUAGGCAGAAAUCUACAAAUGUACUUCCCCUUCUCCUGAAACAUGUUCUGAAACCCUGUCAUAAGCUCCAUUGGGCUUCCCGUCACACCAAGCACCUUUUCUAGCACUUGCAUGUGGGCUGCAGAGGUAGUAAGGGGGUUCUGUGUCUUUACGGGUCUCUCUAUAUCAGCAGUUCGGCCUCUCAAACUCUCAACCAAUCGCUGUCUUUUUACAUCAUCAGAGCACUGCCACUCAAUCUAAAAUCUGAGAGUUCUGCUCUGCCCAAGUAUCAUACUCCUCUUCCCCCUUGGGCUUCACUUCUGAGAACAUUCUUAGCUUUUGAUAGCUAGGACCCUCUGCCUGGGCACUGGGCCAUUUAUUCACCAGGGAGGUGAGGGCUGAUACCAACUCAGAAGUCUCACUCUUCAUUGGGGGACUCAUUAGACAUUUCAAAUCAGGCUACUUCUCAGAACCACCUCAGAAACGAGAGCAACCUCUCUUUGAAGUCUUCACCCCCAGCUACAGGAGACUCAGCUUGUAAUUUGGCCCACUCUCCUACACCAGCCUCCUGUCAAAGUAUGGACAGCCCAUGGCCCCCCCCCCCCCCCAGGGCCCCAGUAGUACCAGGCAGUUCCACCGCUAGUCUGAACUAAAACAAAGUCUUUGCCCACCAUCUUAUCAAACCUCUGCUCCACAAUUGUAACUGGUCCUACAGCUUUAACAAUACUUAAAGUUCAAAUUAACAAUUCGUCAGGAAUACGAAUGUUUACUCCACUCAAUACACACGCCGUCAUUACCAGUAACCCUGUGGAUUCGACUCAACUCCUGCAGCAUCUAUGACCAUGUAUCAAAAUCACUUUACCAGACAAUAGGCACACAACUCACUGGAUCAAUGCUCAGGGCAAUCACACAGCAUCCAAUGAAAUCGAUCCCAGACGAGACCCCCACAAUGAAACACCCUGGCUUUCUUGGCUGCCCAAGUCUAGGGAGGACAACCUCCAAAUGGGUGAGAUUGAGGUGCAAUCCCUCCCCAAACCCCUUGUUUUUGUCGAUGCAGUGUGAUUUGCUUCCAUUACAAAUUAGUGCCACGAAACAACAGACAGUACACAGCAUACGAUUAAAAGAUAUAUUUUUAUAAUUCUUAAUUUGACUAAAGGGUUAGUAAAGAAAGGAACAAAAUAAAGAAAAGGGCCAGUUUAAUGAAACAGUCUAAUGUGCACAAGUUGGAGCUCAGAGUUUCUUCAAGUCACUGACCCUCAAUCGACUUAACCCCGGCUUUGUCGAAUCAUGGUUCUGCUCAGGGUCAAAUCCUUUGACCGCUUCUCUCCAGCAUCUUCCUUCUUCAUCUCCUCUUGAACCAGGAGCCCCAAGCCCAACCUUAGUGCCCCUAACCAGAGGAGCUUCCCCUUCAAUUCCACCAUCCUAAUUGGAUGGCACACAUUGCUCCUCAUCUUUUCAACAAUAAACUGAAAAUAAGCAGCUCUCUCAGAACUGCCAGAAUGAAACACAGAAUAGCACAAAAUGAAGCACAUACAACAUAACAAUAAAAAUAUGAAACAAGGCAUUAUAUAAAUGAGUUGAAAAAAUUGUGAAAGAAUGGCAAUAUUUUGUCCCUUAUAGCUAGAAAUAGUUGCAGUCUCGCUGUGUUCACAACGUCCAUCUACUUCAUCCAUUCUAAUGCUCUUCCUAAAUGACUUAUUCCAUACCUCAGUCAUUCCUGUGGAGUGAAAAAGUCCUCUAACCACCCUGGUUAUUAGAAAAUUUCAGCACUUUCACUUGGAUGAAAUGUUCCACUCUAGGAGCUUGAAUGUAUUUCUGCUGACAUUUCGAACUGCAGUAUUUGGAGACAGUUUUUGGGGUUGAGGUAUCUACCCUCUUGGAAGGAAGUUAAAGAUCAUAAUCACAGGAUAUUUCUUGAAGAGCAGGAGGAUCCUCAUUGGUGCCUCGUGCAAUACUCAUUCCUCAUAAACAAUUUAAAAGUUUUAAGAUGACCAUGUUAUAGAACCUUGCACACAAAUUUCCUGCCACAGUUUCUGCAUCACAGCUUUGACCUAACUUUAGAAAGCAUAGUUGGCUCUGGAGAGCUUUGUGGCACACCAGGCAUAAAAUAAACACAGACUUUUUUUUUCCUAACUCCAAUUUUAUUGUAGGACUGAAUUUUGUCUCGUAAGAUAGACGUAGGUAUUACAUGAAUCAACAUUGUCAGUGUCAGUUAUAGCCUUGAAAAUAUUAGUUGCCUCCUUUCCAAAUAAAGUUAAUCUUUUCUCAGACUUUUAGCACUUUGAGAAUAUUUUGUGGAAUUCUAGGGUAGGACACAGAGCUAAAGGGCAAAUCUAGGUGGAUCUAAGGACAAUUGUUGGAGGAGACUCAGCCCUGCACUUGUCCAAUUGUUUGAGCUUCUUGCUCCCUGUGUGGAUAGGAGUGGGGGCUGUAGGAAGGAUGAAAAACCGAACUGAGGCACCAAGGUUUAGAGGCCAUUCAAGAGGGAGGGAGAGAAGAGAAAUGUUGUAAUUGGAGAUACUGUAGUCAAGAGAAUAGACACAAUUCUCUGCCACACGGACUGAGAAUCUUGAUGUCUGGCUGGUGCUUGGAUUUGGGACAUCUUGUCUGACCUGCAGAGGAAUUUGGAGUGGGAGCAGAAAGAUCCGGUUGUCGUGAUCUAUAGAUACCAAUGACAGGAAGAACAAGGAAAGAAGGAUGGGAGGUGCACGGAGGGCUAUGGUCCAGAUGCAGGUCAGUGGGACUAGGCAGUUUAAAUGGUUUGGUACCACUAGGUGGGCUGAAGGGUCUGUUUCUGAGCUGUACUUCUCUCUGACUAUGACUCUAUAUAGUCAUAUCUCAUUGACUAAGACAAUGUCGUGCUUGUCAGAUUUUUGCCAAAGUGUUAGUGUGGUCAGAACAAUUUUAAAGCCAAAAAUUGAGUAUAUUCUUUUAAUAAAGAAGAAGUGUAUUAUCUUUACGUGCUAAAUUGCAUGCAUCAUGUUGUGUUUAAUAAUUCACCAUCAGAUUUCUGAAUGGUUCAUGAACACUUUUUUGCAGUAUUCGUGUUUGUAAUUUAUAGUAAUUUUAUGUCUUAGUACUGUACCUCUGCAGCAAAACAACAAAUUUCAUGUCAUAUGAGUUCGUGCUAUUAAAUCUGAUUCUGAAUUCUUGUAUC